AUGCAGUGUGCUAUUAGCGGUGAAUUGGCCAAAGAGCCAGUUUUAUCACCUAAAUCUCAUAUGAUUUUUGAUAAGCAUAUCAUUGAAUCAUACAUCUUGAAAUAUGGUAAGGACCCUGUUACAAAUGAUCCUCUUAAAUUAGAUGAGAUUAUAGAAGUUAAGCCACAAUCUUCAGAUAUGGCUGCCACAAAGAAUUUUACAUCAAUACCAUCCCUUCUUUCUGUUUUCCAAAAUGAAUGGGAUGCAAUUGUCCUUGAAAACUUUGAGUUGAAGAAAAAGAUAAAGACACUAAAAGAUGAUUUGGCUAGCAGCGUAUAUCAUUAUGAUGCUAGUAUCAGGGUGAUCUCCAGAUUGACCAAGGAGAGAGAUGAAAUAAACAGAAAGUUACAGAGUGUAUUGCUUGCCGGAAACAACCACACUAGCAUGAUUGAACCAGACACAGAAGUGAAAGAAACUGAAGCGGAAGUGGUGAAAAUGGAUAUUGAUAAAGUUGAAACAAUAUCACCUGAACAAAAGGUAAAGGUAGAUGCUGAAGUCGAAAGCUCUGUUGAUCAAAAGCCAAGCUCAGCUCUUCCUGUUGAAGAUCCUUUCAAAGCCAUUAAAGAGGCAGAUAAAUUUCUUUCUGCAAUUCAUCAGAGGCAGCUUAAAGAGCAUAAAUCCUCACUCAACACCAGUAAACAUCACCUUACUCUCAAGAACUUAUUUCCAUUUACUGAGUUUGAAAACCUUUCAAUUCCAACCUCCGAUCCUUUGCUUGACCAUACCGCGUCUUCUAUUUUCAAUAAUGAGCAUAUGCUUGUUAGCAACAAAACUCAUUUAUUUGUGUUGAAUCUUCGUGUUAACUCUUUAACUCACAAGUUUGAAAUUAGUGCAUUGCACAAAGGCCAACUUCAAUGUACUGCAUUUAUAAACUUAGGGCCUAUUUCUGAUCCAAUUUUCAAACCUGUCGUUGGGUUUGACGACGGCACUAUUCUUGUUAUCGACACUGAUCUCUCUCAAAAUAAUGCGCCGGAAUCACUUUCGCCGACAGCUACCAUUGCCAUACCAAGUCAAGAAUCUGGUGCGUCAGUGGUAGAAUUGUUAUCCCAUCCAUCCUUGAAUAAUUAUCUCAUUCAGAUAUACAGCAAUGGAAUCUGGUCGAUUGUGGAUUGUAAUAAGGGUGUCACAUUAUUUGUGUCUACGCUUGAUAGAAGUGGAAGUUUCGAAUAUAGCUGUGGUGAUUUGCAUAUGGAUGGUAGCUUGCUUUCCAUUGGUACUUCCAACGGCUUAGUUCUCAUAUAUGACAUGAAGUCUGGUCAAAAAUUGACCACCUUCCAAGAGACCUUGGACGAGGAAUCUGCUGCUACAAAAGAAGAUGGUGGUAUAAGUGGGGUGAGUUUUGCUAGUAAUGGUUACUGGCUUGUUGCGACUCUGAAAUCUCCACAACGUUUAGCUUCCAAGAUUAACAUUUGGGAUUUAAGAAAAGGUCAAAUAACCACCUCCAUAGGACUGAACAAGAUAAUAAGACGCGUCUCAUUGGACAAGUACAGUCAGAUAUUAACCAUCUUAUUCACCGAUGAUAGUGUGGAGUUUUUCAAGUAUUUAAAGAAGGCCAAAGAAUGGCUGCAAGAUUCAAAGCUACUGGAAUCAUUUGGAUCAUUUUAUAGUGACACUGAUGACAAGAAUGGCUUAAUCAAUAUUUAUUGGCAAAAAGCCUUUGAUAGGGCAUUUUAUAUGGUAAAGGAUGAUGGUAAAUGGGGAAAGUUUGCUAUUGAUUUCAGCUGA